CGCUUGGGUCUUCAGUCCUCAGUCAUAGGGUACUCGUAUCCAGUACCAUACCGUACGGUCGGUACAACAAGGGUGAUCCAGUACGUCGUCAUACGGUACGGUAAUCCAACGAUUAUCAUUGAUAUCAAUCAACAAGAGGCACCACACCGAGAACCCACCACCGACGGCACCUACAAAGGAUCCUUUGUCUUAUUUCAAAGAACAUACAACACAGCCAUGCCCGACCUAACGUCCCUCUCGAAACCCGAAGAAGCCAUUGUCACCCACCUGGACUGGGAGAUCUCCGUAGACUUUGAAAAGGAGCGCCUGUGUUCGGUUGCAACCUAUUCCGUUCGUGUCUUGGAAUCGAAUGCCACCACCCUAAAUCUGGACACGGCUCAUCUGGACAUUGCUUCGGUGACGUGCGGCGACGGGAAUCCGCUGAAAUUUACACUGCAUCCCGCUGCAGAAGACAAAUCGUACCUGGGGCGCCGGCUGGAAAUCGAUUUGCCCCGUCGCGACAGCAACGACAAAUGCCGGAUCGCUGUUUCCUAUUCCACCACCAAAUUCUGCAGCGCCCUCCAGUGGCUUCCACCGCCCCAAACGGCCGGAAAGAAACACCCGUACCUCUUUACACAAUGCCAGGCCAUUCACGCCCGUUCCCUGGUCCCUUGCCAAGAUUGUUGCGGGGUAAAGAUGACCUACACGGCAAAAGCAUCCGUUCCGAGCUGGGCGACCUGUGUCAUGUCGGCCUUGCUGAAGAAAGAGGAGGAGGACAAAGCGAGCGGCGGGAAGACGUACACCUGGGACCAGCCCGUUCCCAUCUGCUCGUAUCUCCUGGCCCUGGCGGUCGGCGACCUCACCAAACGGACCAUCUCCGAGCGGUGCGCCGUUUGGAGCGAACCGGGCAUCGUCGAGAGUGCGGCCUACGAGUUCAGCGAGACGGAGAUGUUUCUGUCCACCGCCGAAGCAAUCACGGGAAUGGACUACGCGUGGGGUCGCUACGAUCUCCUGUGCCUGCCGCCGAGUUUUCCCUACGGAGGAAUGGAGAACCCAUGCCUCACCUUUGUCACUCCCACCCUCCUGGCCGGGGACAAGUCGCUGGCCGACGUCGUCGCCCACGAAAUCGCGCACAGGUACGGCCGCGGAGGCACAAACCAGUCUAGUAGCCGUGGCGAUCUGCAAUCUCUCCCAUGAGACGUUUCCUCACUCCGCUGUGUUUCUUUUUGUUCUUCGUGUGUCGUUUUCUGCUCCCCACUUUCAGCUGGACAGGAAACCUGGUCACCAAUGCAACAUGGUAAGCUUUGCUAUUGUUCUGUUGCUUCUGCACCAACAUAGAAAUGCCAGUGCAUACUCACAUCAAUAUUUUGUCCUCUCCAUUUUACAAAAUCAUGAUGGCGAAAGGGACCACUUUUGGCUUAACGAGGGAUGGACGACGUGGCUCCAACGCAAAAUCAUGGCACGCAUGAAAAACAACCCCAAAUUUCUAGAUUUUGAUGCGAUCGAAGGAAGAAAAGAUAUGGCAGACACUGUCGAAGAAUUUUUGGUAUCGGCUCCCGAAAACACAUCCAUGGUUCUCAAUAAUGGUGACGGAGAUCCCGAUGAUUCCUAUUCCACACUGGCAUACGAAAAGGGGUUCACUUUUCUUCUCUACCUGGAGCGCCUGGUUGGCACCCGAGAGUUUGAGAAAUUCUUUCAGGCCUACGUCGCGAGAUUUGCCUCUAAAACACUAACGUCUACCGACUUCAAAGACUUUUUCUUACAACACUUUGCCGGGAAUUCAAAGGUGGGGGAGAUCGAUUGGGAUGCGUGGUUCUAUUCCCAAGGGAUGCCGCCCGUCUUGCCCCCCCUGGACCAGAGCAUGGCAAAAGCCUCGACCGACCUGGCGGAUGCAUGGUGCGCCUUUGACCGCGGAACGGCAAGCUCUCCUCCGGCUACGAACGAAACGAGUGCGUGGGCUUCCGGUCAGAUCACUUGCUUCCUGGACGCACUGCAGUCCCUAACGGCAGAGAAGGCGCUAAAGGUCUCCACUCUCAGGGCAAUGAACGCGCUCUAUCGACUGGCCGAGUCGAGAAAUUCGGAAAUAUUGUUUCGUUACUGCCAGCUCGCGAUUGCCUCCGAAGACGAGAGCAUUAUUCACGUUGCCGUCCGAUUCAUUACCUCGCAGGGACGUAUGAAGUACAUUCGCCCUCUGUAUAAGAGUCUGUAUCGAAGCAAAAUGGGAAAAAAUAUCGCCUUGUCGACAUUUCUGAAACACAAGGAUAUCUAUCAUCCCAUCGCUUCCAAAAUGAUUGCAAUCGAUCUCAAAGAUGCAAUGGAAGGGUCGACGACAUCCAACCUUUCGAUGCCAACAAAUCACAUUCUAAUGACAGGUGCCGCGAUAGCAGUUGCAGGUAUUGCGGUAGCAUUGGUUCGCAAAAGCCGAAAAUAAGGAUGCCCAUGGUCCACGCCACCAUUGCUCUAGUGUUGCUUGAAACUCAUUAUUGAAAAUAGCUGUACUGCUUUUGAAUACCUUGCAGCAAAAAAAUUUACAGAAAUUUA